AUGACACGAAAGCAUUCUGAUGAAACGGAAAUGGCAUCAACCAAGCUACGUCCACCACUAAUAAUGCAGUUGAAGAAUGCUUUAUUAACUGCUCCUGUUCUAAAACUGUUUGAUCCAAGUGCUUAUACAGAAAUUCAUACCGACGCUUCAAUGUACGGUUACGGUGCUGUUCUUCUACCAAGAGACAAGAAUGAUAAUCAACUUCACCAUGUUCAGUUUAUGAGUCACAAAAUGCAAGCUCAUCAACAAAAAUACCAUUCGUAUGAAUUAGAAGUCCUAGCACUAGAAGAAGCACUCAAAAAGUGGAGAAUCUACGUUCUGGGCACAAAAUUUAAAAUUACAACCGACUGA